CUCCCCCUGUCCAGCAGUCACCUGGACGUGUACACGGGCCCUGGGAUGACCGGUCAAUCCAUCGCCAUGACCAGCAACUCCUGCCCUGCUAACCUGGCCAUCAAACGAGAGCUGACGGAAACCCGUGCAAUGGCCAAAGAGAGACAGAAGAAAGACAACCACAACCUGAUUGAGAGGAGGAGGAGGUUCAACAUCAACGACCGCAUUAAAGAGCUGGGCGGCAUGAUCCCCAAAACCAACGACCUGGACGUGCGCUGGAAUAAGGGCACUAUUCUGAGGGCCUCAGUAGAGUACAUCAAGCGGAUGCAGAAGGACAUGCAGAGGACCAGAGAGGUAGAGAACAACUUCAAGAGGAUGGAGAUGGCCAACAAACAGCUGUGGCUGCGCAUCGAGGAGUUAGAGAUGCAGGCUCGUCUGCACGGCCUCCCCAGCUCCUCUCCCUCUGGGAUGGGUUCUGGGGACCUGAUGGGUUCCUACAUCAAACAGGAGACCAGCCCUGAGGAGAAGCUCCAGCUGCAGCAGCAGCAGGCCCAGCACCAAGCUCAUGCCCAGGGCCAACAACACCACCACCACCCCCAGUCCCACCACAUCCAGCCCCAGCAGGGCCAGCCCAGACAGCUGCCUCCUCUCCCCCCUCACCUCCAGCCCCAACUUCCCCUCCAGUACCCAGCUGUGGGCAGCUCUCAGCCCUUUGACUUUGCCCAGUCGCUGGACUUGUGUGACGGGGUGCCUGGCUACCCGGAGAGCUUGUCAGGGCUAGGGGAGCUCGGCCUCCUGGGUACCCAGGGAAGGAGAGGCGACCUGGGCUUCCUGAUGAUGGACGAGCCUCUGUCUCCUCUGGGUGGAGACCCUCUGCUCUCUGCCAUGUCCCCUGAGGCCUCGGUUGACUCCAGCCGCAGAUCCAGCUUCAGCAUAGAGGACACAGAUAUACUGUAGAAGGAGUGUACACACAGACACACACAGACACAGGCACAUAUGGUACGUACAGAACACCCACUGGACAUACACCCCCAAGAGCACUGAUAUACUGUGAUAUAUGCUUUUGCUCUGUUCAACAACCCUGCUACAUAUGCACUCCAAACUCCUCACAUACACUGUAAGCACUCGCAUAGACACUGUACACACACUGAGACACACUUAAACACACACACACUCAACAUUCUUAUGGAUGCACACCCUUAACACUCACAUAGAUACACAUUUAACAGCAAUAUGAGAAACCAAAUCCAUGUUUCGGAUUGAAAUAGUUGUUCCCUACCACUGUAAAUAUCAGAGCACCUCUAAAUGAUACACAAUCUAGUACACACACGAACACACAACGAGCACAGACAGCUUCUUGUUCACGCUAACACAGAAGGGCCCCUGUUAUUUGAAGGGAAAUAUGUGAGGCACUGCCAACGGUUUAACACACACACACACACACACCCUUCUUCUGUAAAACACACUGCCAUGACCUCUAUGGUACUGCCAUCUCCUGUGUGACCUAUGACCUUUAGCCUUUAGGGUACUGCCAAGUCUACUCCAUGACCUCUGACCCCUGUGUGAAUGUUGAGGAGAGAUGGAUUGGCCCUGCAUUGUGAGAUAGUGUAGCGAUUGAAGAGGUUAUGUAGCUCAGUCCUUAACCUGCCAACGUGCCUUGUGUGUUAGCCACCUGAAGCCCCACUCUAUCUGGGUUAGCUGGAGAGUGUGGAAAGCGAAGGAGUGGGUUGGGUUUUAGCAUAUUGUAGUGCAGGGUUCCCCAACUGGCGGCCUGCGCUACAAAUUUUGCCCACGGGUGAUUUAUUUGGCCCCGCAAGUUUUCUGAGACCACUUUCUUUUUUAAAUUAUUGUUUACAUAAAAGACUGUUAAACGCCAGAAAAUCUGCUCCAAGUGAUUUUAGGGGUAGUAAAAUAAAUGUAUUCCCAUGCAUAAAAUAGGUUUGAAAUGAUUAUGUUUUGAUACCUGUUUGGGCUUCUUGCAGUCAAUUAGCAGUCUACAAAUUCUUUGUAAUUAUGUUCUGGCCCCCUGACCAUCCGCUCAAGAAAACAUUGUCCCGCAGCUGAAUCUAGUUGAUGAUCCCUGUUGUAGUUUGUAGUUAGGAGAGAGAGGAGCAGUCAAAUAGUGUCUGUAGUGUCGUAUUCCGCACUGUAAAAACACAGCACCAGCCUAACACACACACACACACACAAAGCAGUGUGCCAUGAGGCUGUGUUCAAAUCAACACUUUGAGCGAGACUUCAGUACUUCACCCGGUUUGUGCUUGUAGAACUGCCAGCUUUGGGUCAGCCAGAUAAAGCUACACACACUCACCAGGUACAAACCAAACCAACCCUGUAGAAACCAAACUACGGCUGUACAAUACAUGAAUAAACUAACAGGUAACAAAUGAAUUUGGAUGAGGGACUAGGGGUAACACUUUGAUUUGAUGUGGCUUAUGAUCAGUAAAGAAAAAAGGAAGAAACAUGAUGAUUUAAAAGGUAUCUGUUUGUAUUCUUGAUUAUAGUUGGUUUUAUUUUAUCUCCCAAAGCACUGGAACCUAUAUUUUAUUGACUUUGUACAUGAAAGAAUUUAUGAAAUUAGUUUUAUUUCAUAUGUUUUAUGCCACUAAGCCACUUAAAUGUAUUGUAUUUGUAUUUGUUCUUUUUUAUUUUAUUUUAUUUCAAAAGUACCUUUUUCCUCUAACGGCCAUAUGCAAGUAUUUAAGCCACUAGUGUGAAAGUGUACGACCAGUGGGGAGACAUAUUCUAUACUUUUCUUUGUGUGAAGAACUGUUCAAAUUUCACCAGGCUGAGAACAACAUGUACGAUUAUAUUAUGCCAUUUUUCUAUUGAUUGGGAGUGGUUUCUCUUUUUUAACCUACAGAAAUUGGAACCAGAGACUGUUGAGAGGUGAUUUAUUUGAUUUUAUUCUGUUUUAAUUGCGCUUUUUGUGAAUGUGAAGAUGGCCUGUAGUACUGCUCCCCAGCCAAACCCAAAUACCACAAGAGAAGGGUAUUUUCCUUCAUGGUCUUUGAUUUCCGUGGAGAUGACUACCUUCUAAUGGUACUCAGAAAUACCAUAGAGGAGAUCCGUUGGCAUAACCUUGAACAGACCUGACUCUCUCUCUGUCUGCCAGAGUUUGCCUUUAUCCUGCUCCAAUGUUAGUAAGCAAUUGUUUUAUUUUAGUUUUUAUUGUCCAGCCAACACGCCAAAGAGCUUGUCUGCAGAUAAUGUGACGUGUUGUCCCCUCUGACUGCCCCCCCCCCCCCCCCCCCAUGUCACUGUAUGGGACUGACUCUGGCUGACUGGGCAGGGGAAACUGGCAUUCUGGUUUUGCUUUGGAUAUAAAAUGUUUUACCAAAA